AUGCUCAGGCUUCUGAGACAGGCUUUGGCCUUCUUCCAGAGGAAGGCAGACCCCACACAGAGGCAGGGCCCACAGCAACAGGGGCUCCCACAAGGUGGCACCACAUUGAAAACUGUGCAGGGAUUUGUGACAAAUGUCUCUAGUAAUUACGGCUUGAUUAAUGAGUUGAACUACAGCAGUAGUGAUAUUGUCACUGACAAUGUGGCUCUGAAAGUUGGACAAAAAGUUACUGCAGUUGCGAAAGAAGAUAAACCAUCUCAUGGAUUGAAAGCUAUCAAAGAACCAGCUGCAGACAUGAAUGUGAUGGUAGGGGUUGGCAACUGGAGUCAGGGCCAGCUGUGCAUGAACACAUACAACUACAGAGUCAGUCAGACACACAUGCAGUAG